GUGACGAGACAAGGAGGACAUCCUUAUGGACGCAUGCAUAAAAAGCCGGCAAGAAAAAAGUUGUGGCCUAGUGUCGUCGCCUCCAGGCUGCACGGGGAGGGGGCCGCUUGACUGACACCAAACCACCAGAAGAGAGGAAGGAGCGCUCCCAUCUCGCUCCUAUCUCACUCGGCUUCAGCCAGCGCCAAGAGAAGACAUGUUGGUGUCCAACUUCCACACUCAUAGCAUCUAAAUCCAACAUAGCGAUAGGACGACUUUAUGUUUUUUGCUCUUUUUUUUUUGCAGGAAAAUGUCCAGUAAAGCCACUCUAGUCUUCCUCAUUUACGGAAUAAUCUGGCAUCACAGCUGGGGGCUUGGCUUUCCCAGUGUGAGAUUGGACAGUGAAGUUUACGACGAGGAUGGACGUUCUCUUCCCUCCGUGGACUACGACAGAGAGCAGCCGGACGUGAGAAGUUCUCCAUCGGUGACCGACGUCUACUCGUUGUACUACCCGCCAGAGAAAAGACUGGAGAGACAUGCAGACGGCAUGUUUAAUAAAGCAUACAGGAAAGCACUGGGUCAGUUAUCAGCCAGGAAGUAUCUUCAUUCUCUCAUGGCAAAACGUAUUGGCGGGAAGGCGACGGACGAGAACUGGGAGCCUCUGUCCAAGCGACACUCGGACGGCAUCUUCACGGACAGCUACAGUCGCUACCGGAAGCAGAUGGCAGUGAAGAAGUACCUGGCGGCGGUGCUGGGGAAAAGUGAUGGAAGACACUGUGCCUGUGCGAAGGAGGACAUGAAUAAGACUCCAGUUGUCUCUGUCCACAACAGACAUGAAGACGUAGCUUUCCAUCGUGCGCUACAAGACUUAGACUUUGAUGCCCUCCCAGACGGGGAGGACUUGGAGGCUUUUUUGCGGGACUGGCUCAAACGCGUCUUCCCCAAGUUCCCGCAGGAGAAGGACGGCGCGAUGCAAGGACGUUGAACGAGGAGGGACGAGAAGCUUUGCGACGCACGGAGCACUUUGUGGCUGCGGUGCUUUGCAUCGGCUUUUUUUUUUGUCUUUUUUUCUCCAAUGGAAAUGGCCAUGAAUGACGGCUAUUUAGUGGCCCUAAGAUGCUGCACAUCGUCGGCUUACACCCCCCUAACCUUUGUGCUCGUUGGACAGUGGAACUUCUUUUAUUUCUGUUCUUUUUCUUGUGAGACGCCUGCAACUUGUGUACGAUAACCACACAGCCAAUAGCCUUACAAAAAAAAAAAAAAAAAAUCAUGCAUAAAUAUGUAUUUAUGACAGGAAGUGAUUCUUAUAGUUAGGACUGAGUGUCAAGUCAAUAAAUGUUCCAAAAUAAAAUGUUGAUUUCUUUGAAUAAAUUUUUGUAAACAACAAAAAAUGGUAUUGUGUGCAGUAUGUAAUGUUUGGUAGCCCAGUGAAAAUGUUUCCCAAACCAUAAGAGCUUAUAAAAUUGUCUCGUUUCCA